CGAGUUUCUGAGCGUCGCAGCAGACGCGGAAGGCAGGCGUGCCGGCGGCCAGCAGCUUCUUUCUGCGGAUGUCCCAACCAAGCUCUCCUUGGUCCCAGAGAGAGAAGGCUCCAUGCAGUGGAACUCUCGCCACCCUAUUGCCUGCAUCAUCUUCAGACAGUGAUUCUGGAUGUGCCCUGGAAGAUUACCCAGGACCAAUCACCGAAAUUCCCCCACCAGAGGUGUUGCCAGACUUUGGCUCUCGCUGCUCCGAUGCCGUUCCUGCUGCUGUUCAGUACCAGCUCCGCAUCAAAACUCUCCUCCAACAGCUGCCCCCACAAGACUGCGAUGAGCGAUAUUGCCCAUCUAUUGGGGAAGCUGAGAGGGAACAGCUGCGAACAUUUGCUGCACAGCGGAGGCAAGAGUCGCUGGGACAGGGGGUCAAAUGCCUGGUGCCCCCCACCACUGAAGGGGGCUCAUGCAAACAGUGUGCUAAGACUAUGACCAGUGGCGAGCAGGGUGUACUUGCACCUAAGCUGGGAGAGCAGUAUUACUGGCAUCCUGCCUGUUUCAUCUGUCACACCUGUCACCAGCCCCUGGUAGACCUAAUCUAUUUCCAUCGACAUGGAAAGAUAUACUGUGGUCGCCAUCAUGCAGAAUUUUUCCGCCCACGUUGUGCUUCGUGUGAUCAGCUAAUCUUCACCCCCGAGUGCAUGGAAGCAGAAGGCUUGCGCUGGCAUGAAGAGCACUUCUGCUGCCUCGAGUGUGACUUGCCUCUGGGGGCCCAGCGGUAUGUCAUGAAGGGUGGCCAGCCCUGCUGCUGUGCUUGCUUUGAGAGCCUUUAUGCAGAUGUCUGCCAAGCCUGUGGAGAGAUUAUUGGUGUCGACAGUGAGCAGGCCACCCUGCAAGGUCAGCACUGGCAUGCCAAAGCCUCCUGCUUCCGCUGUAGCCUUUGCCAAAAAGCUCUGCUAGACCAGCUGGUUAUCAUUCGCAGUGGCCUCUUGUUCUGUUCUGAGGCCUGCAGCUUGGAGAAGGAAUCAGCUUUGUCUUCCUCAGGCUCUGACUCUUCUGACUCUGCUUUUAUCUCUGCUCCAUCCCCUGACUCCACACCCAUCUCUAGAACCAGGAAUGGUAACGCAGGCUGCUCCUCUGAAGCUGCAAGAACCAACAGCACAGCCUGUGAGGAAGUGGCAGAUGCAGAUGCGAUUAAAGGAUUUCACCCAUCUGGAAAAUCUUCAGUGUGUUUGGAGCUUGAUCAGCAGGAGAAAGCAGGAGCGGUUUUCAGGAACAAGACAGUCUCUCCACAGUUUGAUGAAUUCACAUCACUGACCUGUUCUCCUCAAAAGGAAGUGCGAAAGGCUGCCCCCCAUCCCACAGAUGCAGCUUGGAGCCCCACUGAUGUGAAGCAGGACCAACAUUUAGGAGCCGCUCACCCACAGACUUCUCAGCAACGGCUUGGAGACCACCACUUCAGAAGUGGUCUCUUGGUCAUGCCACACGUGCCUGUGUUGAGCAGCGGCUUCCCAGAGACACCACAGAAAGACGACACUGGUGAGCAGGAAGCUGUGGUGGAGCAAGAUGAUACUUGGUGCCCUACUUGUUCAUCUUCUUCUGAUUCGGAUUCUGAGCCAGAGGGAUUCUUCUUUGGGAAGCCAAUCCCAAAGCCUGGGGACAGACCGACAGCUCUCCCCAGUAUGGAUCAGGAAACUCUUGGUAAAGGGCUGGGGUGGGCAGCUAGAGCGAGGGCAAGCAGCAAACACUGUAGUGUAUCCUAGUGGGGAGAGACUUCUGAGGCACCAGAAGGAAGUCAGGCAGAAGCAGGCAG